ACAGUUCACUAUGAUCUUACUCACAUUCAGCACUGGAAGACGGUUGGAUUUCGUGCAUCAUUCGGGGGUGUUUUUCUUGCAAACCUUGCUUUGGAUUUUAUGUGCUACAGUCUGCGGAACGGAGCAGUAUUUCAAUGUGGAGGUUUGGUUACAAAAGUACGGCUACCUUCCACCGACUGACCCCAGAAUGUCGGUACUGCGUUCUGCAGAGACCAUGCAGUCUGCCCUAGCUGCCAUGCAGCAGUUCUAUGGCAUUAACAUGACAGGAAAAGUGGACAGAAACACAAUCGAUUGGAUGAAGAAGCCUCGAUGCGGUGUACCUGACCAGACAAGAGGUAGCUCCAAAUUUAAUGUUCGUCGGAAGAGAUAUGCAUUAACAGGACAGAAGUGGCAGCAUAAACAUAUCACUUACAGCAUAAAGAACGUCACUCCGAAAGUAGGAGACCCUGAGACCCGGAAAGCUAUUCGCCGUGCCUUUGAUGUGUGGCAGAAUGUAACUCCACUGACAUUCGAAGAAGUUCCCUACAGUGAAUUAGAAAAUGGCAAACGCGAUGUGGAUAUCACCAUCAUUUUCGCAUCUGGUUUUCAUGGAGACAGUUCUCCCUUUGAUGGGGAGGGAGGCUUUCUGGCACAUGCUUAUUUCCCUGGGCCAGGAAUUGGAGGAGAUACUCAUUUUGACUCAGAUGAGCCAUGGACGUUAGGAAAUCCUAAUCAUGAUGGAAAUGACUUAUUUCUUGUAGCAGUUCAUGAACUGGGACAUGCUCUGGGAUUGGAGCAUUCCAAUGACCCCACUGCCAUCAUGGCUCCAUUUUACCAGUACAUGGAAACAGACAACUUCAAACUACCUAAUGAUGAUUUGCAGGGCAUCCAGAAGAUAUAUGGUCCACCUGACAAGAUCCCUCCACCUACAAGACCUCUGCCGACAGUGCCCCCACACCGCUCUAUUCCUCCUGUGGACCCAAGGAAAAAUGACAGGCCCAGACCUCCUCGGCCUCCUACUGGCAGACCUUCCUACCCCGGAGCCAAGCCCAACAUCUGUGAUGGGAACUUUAACACUCUAGCUAUUCUUCGCCGUGAGAUGUUUGUUUUCAAGGACCAGUGGUUUUGGCGAGUGAGGAACAACAGAGUGAUGGAUGGAUACCCCAUGCAAAUUACUUACUUCUGGCGGGGCUUGCCUCCUAGUAUCGAUGCUGUGUAUGAGAACAGUGAUGGGAAUUUUGUCUUCUUUAAAGGUAACAAAUACUGGGUGUUCAAGGACACGACUCUCCAACCUGGUUAUCCACAUGACUUGAUUACCCUUGGAAGUGGAAUUCCCCCACAUGGUAUUGAUUCCGCCAUUUGGUGGGAAGACGUUGGGAAAACCUAUUUCUUCAAGGGGGACAGGUAUUGGAGAUAUAGUGAAGAAAUGAAAACCAUGGACCCUGGCUAUCCCAAGCCCAUCACAGUCUGGAAAGGGAUCCCUGAAUCCCCACAGGGAGCCUUUGUGCACAAAGAAAAUGGAUUUACAUAUUUCUACAAAGGAAAGGAAUAUUGGAAAUUCAACAACCAGAUACUCAAGGUAGAGCCUGGAUACCCGAGAUCCAUCCUCAAGGACUUUAUGGGCUGUGAUGGACCAACAGACAGAGAUAAAGAAGGACACAGCCCUCCAGAUGAUGUAGACAUUGUCAUCAAACUGGACAACACAGCCAGCACUGUGAAAGCCAUAGCUAUUGUCAUUCCCUGCAUCUUGGCCUUAUGCCUCCUUGUAUUGGUUUACACUGUGUUCCAGUUCAAGAGGAAAGGAACACCCCGCCACAUACUGUACUGUAAACGCUCUAUGCAAGAGUGGGUGUGAUGUAGGGUUUUUCUUUCUUUCUUUCUUUCUUUUCCAGGAGUUUGUGGUAACUUGAGAUUCAAGACAAGAGCUGUUAUGCUGUUUCCUAGCUAGGAACAGGCUUGUGGCAGCCUGAUUCAGGGCUGACCUUUCAAACCCAGAGGGUUGCUGGUCCUGCGCAUGAGUGGAAAUACACUCAUGGGGAAGCUUCCAUGAUGCACAGUAUCUGCCGUUCUCCAGUCCUUUGUCUUUCUUUGUCAUUCAGUUCUAGGCCUUUUCUCUGCACGCUCAAUGCCCAGUAAAAUUUCAGGAUUAACUAAAGAAGAAGAAGAAGAAAAAAGAAGAAAUGAUUCUUCUCAAAGGUUUUUAAUAUUAUGUUCCUUCUGAAGUCUGAGCCCAUUUCUGGGGGAAAACAAAACACGACAAAAAAAACCCACGAUUUUUUUUUUUUUUUGCUUUAAAGCAAAGGAAAAGAAAUUCUAAACAAAAAUAAAUAAAUAAAUAAAUAAAUAAUAAAAACCCCACAUUUGAACUUUCAGGAAAGUGUGAAGACCCAAAACAGCUUUGUCUCCAAAGAAGAUAGCUCUGACCGCUAUGGAGAGCCUCCUGCACUUCAUUUUGUCAGGUGGGAGAUCCGGAACACACAUACAGGACUUUAGACUGUUGGGACAGCCAUUUUCCAACAAACAAGGGGCCAACAUAUCUGCAAUAUAGUAACAGCCUUAAUAAUACAUCCAUUUUUCAUUUUAUACAGCUGUUCUCAGCUAUGUCCUCAAUGUUUCAUCACAUUUAUAUUCAUAGCUGUGUUCAAAAAGGACCUUUUAAUUGUUUCGAAGUGUUUCUAAACCCUUUCUUGCCACUCUACCCCUUUAUCAUUGUGAUGAUCUCCCCAGGUUGUAUUAGGUCAUUGCCCCAGGCCUGACAUGGGUCUGUGAGGAAUUCAUUUCAAAGCAGAGCAAGAAGCAGUAUGCCUCUGAAGUGGAUUAAAGUGACAGUUAUUUUACAAGGAUUUGUGACACUAAUAAUACAUUGGUAUAACCCUUUGAGAACUAUCAGACCAGCUUUCAGAGUCUUGAGAUUGUCAGUCUUGCUAUCUGGUAAAUUAAUCAACUGGGCAAUGGUUAAAAGCAGUCACGGGUUCAAGGAGUUCGAGUUUUGAAAACAGAUAUCCUAUAGUCCUAUGUAAUUUUUAAAUGAUUUAUAGUGCUACGUAAAUGCAUUUAUAAUAAACAGAAAUGAUGUUACUUGCCAAAAAUUGCUGGCAAAUAAAAAAGGUAUUUUGUUAAGUAUCUUCUAGGAGUGAAAUUUUAUUUGAACAACUGUUUAUAAUGGCCUUUGUUUCCUCGACAUACUGAAUUUCUGUUAUAAAAUCCAUUGCAUGAAGAUUCAAUUUGCCUUGGUAUAUGCAGUUCGCAUUGCCAUUGUAAAAUUGAUGACUCUGAGGUUGCAUGAGUAUCCUCCAAUGCAUUACCUGUUGCAUGUCAACCAUAGUUCUCAAAGGGUUAGUGUGGCUUCUGGCAUUUAGCCGAACAUUUGAUCACGGACAGAUCCAAGAGACCACCAAAGCAUUUCAUUGUUGAGUGUAAUUUGUCCUCAAAGCAGUAUUGUCAUUUUCAUGUGACCUGCAGAGCAGGUCUGUAUCAAUAUUUUUUUCCUAGAGAAAAGUCAGCAACUGACAGACCUCUUUAUUGAUUUUUAGGAGCUGCUUCUUGCAGUGAAAGGCUUUACAGCCACUGGGCUGUGAACUUAUUAGAGAUGGUCAGAAGGAAUGCACCCCAUGAGUCAGACCUUGGCUUUGUGUGAAAGCCAGCUUGGAGGGGAUUAGCUUUUGAAACAAUGAACAGCUUGCCUUGAACUUGAUUAUUGAUCUGUUGACUGUCAUUAACAACUUAAACAUUGUCUUCUGUGAAAAUUUCCUGAAGAGUCUCCUUCCAUGUCUUUGCCCUUUGACCUUUAACUUGCAAACUGGCACAAACUGAAGGAAAUCUGCGGUUGCUUCUCCAUUGGAUUGUUAAUUGUUCUCUAAAACCUAGUCAGCAUGAGCUAUUUCCCUAGAAUGGAGAGAGAAAAAGUAUUGAUAGUGGAUCUGCAGAUGGACACUUUGCUCUUCACAUGCACACUCUUAAUAUGCCCUAUAGAUAGAAGUGACUUUUAAUUUUUCUUUAAUAUAAGUUCAAGCCUAAAUUCAUCAUUUUAGUACAAAUUAUAAAACUAUAGGGAAAAAAAAACCUCAAAUACUUGAAUGGCCAGUGUGGCUUUUAUAUAAAGCAGGAAUUUUAUACUAGUGAAAAUUUCUUACUCAUUUGCUAAUAAUACACAUUUCCAGAUGAUUUUUAAUGAGUGUAGGUAUACAUUCUUAUUUGGAAAUGGAUAGUUUGGCUGCCUUGAAUUUAUAUUUAUACUUAACAUAGCAUGAAUAUUAGAAUGCCUUUUGGUUAUACUACAUGUUUCUGAUUUGGUUGGGGAAAAUAUUUUAUAAUCAUGGGUGGCAUGCUGCAAAGACUUGCAGAUUGUUAUUUCUUACAACCUGAACUUAUAUGCUAUAAAGACUAAGAAAAAAGAAUAGUAAGAAAAACAAAAAAAAAAGGAUGGCUCUACAGCAAGACAACAUGCAAUGCAGACUCUAUUUUGACAAGAUCAUAUGGGGGUUAUGUGUGAGGGCCGAGAAGGCAAGGAGAGAGGACCAGAGUCAGCCCGGUAGCUUUACGUCAGUGCUUCCAUCCUAGAGGAUACUGGGAUUAUAAGAGUUAACCCUGCUGCUGAGCGUGCAGGACUAUACAGAAACUCCUUCCCACAGCGUUUGCUUGUGGGAGCUUUAAUCCUGGUAGGACCUUGAUGUUCGAGAAAAAAAAAUGACUGGAUACUCUAUUUUGCUAAAGAUAGAAAUGAGGAACUGUGCCAUUUUGGAACAUGUGCAAAUCACUGAGGAACUCCAUCAACCUGCAUUGAAAAUUGUUUUUUAUUUUCUCUAAAAUAAGAAAGAGACGGAAGAAGCAAUCUCUUGCCUCUUUAUGCAUUCAACACAAUACCCUGAUUCAUCCUAAGACUAUCAGUGUUUAAGGGCUAGAAAAUAAUCACAGCAUUAAGAAGGAAGAAGUCCAUCAUUAUGCUUGAAUGAUGGCAAUUGUCAUGGAUAAGGUUUGGGUCAUAUUUACUGGAAUAUGAGAUGAGAUUUAUGUGAUGAGAAAAGGUGUAUAUGGCUGCUCUCUGGACUAGAAUAUUUAUCAGGCUGUAAGUCUACAAGAGAUAAGGAAACAAUAAGUACCAUAUAAUCACAAACACUGGGAUUCCAUUUGUUUAUUGUACAUCAGGCACUUUGCAAGUAUGGUGGCUAACUGCUCUUCCACUUGAGGUCUGGAAGAAAAGUCUGAAUCCUAAUGUAAUAAUGAGAGAGUUACUAACUAAUCUGGCACAAGAGAAUAGUAAUUCAAAAACAGCGUAGAAUAAAUUUCCAUGAGUCAACCAUGUAAUGUAUCAUUAGAGACAGUAUCUGUAAAGACAUGCAACAUAUCAAAUCUUUUUCAUUAUUUCGUCACUGAUAACAUGGAAAGCUCAAACCUAGGGUUUCUCAAUGAAAUUGAAAUUCAUUCAUGCUCACGAAAAGGUAUUCUAUUUUUUCUUAAUUUCUCAUUACUUUAUCUAGUAUCAACACAAAUUAAACAAGGUAAUGUUCUUUCCAUGAAAUGAUUUUAGAGUUUAUAAUUUUAGCAAAUAUGUUUCUAUAUAUUAUUAACUAGAAUGAGUGAAGUAUUAAAAUAGCCAGUCAGCUUGAACUGUCUAUAAAGCUGAAAUUUCACAUUAUACAAAGGUAUGAAUUUAACUAUCGAUCCAUUUCAGAACAAAGUGUCUGCUGACGUGGCAAUCAGAGCCGGUGAAUACAAAUGCUCCUUACAGUUUCAAGGGUUACAAUGCAAAAUUAGAGAACAUUAGGUGAUACUAGCAGACAACUUCUGUUAUCAAUCAGGGGGCAAGGCUUUUCUGAAUCACAUGUAAUAUAUUGCAAAAUAAUGAUUAGCAAAAAAAAUAAGUACAAAGAAAUAAAGGAUACAGACUGGUUCAAUGAAAUAAGAAUAUGUUACUUUUACUAGUUAUAUUGCCUGUAAUCUUUGUCUAUUAACUAUAAUUUGGCUUUUUCAUAUACUAUAUACUUCUUUUCAUUCCCUUUCUUUGGGUGAUUUGAAACACAAUGUAGUGGGUACAAACAUUUCCAAAACUUCACUGGUACUUCUAAUACAUGGAUUAUGAAAUAUAUACUGGAUCCUAGGGAUAGUUGUAUUAAUACUUACAAAUUCUACAUAUUAUACUUGUAUCUCUAGUAUGGUACAAAUACACACCCACUCUUUCUGGAUCUCGCACUAGAAUAACCAGUGUGUCCAUACUGACUAAACUCAAUGUACUAUCUGAAGAGGAAUGGAUGUUGUAAUCAAACAGGCUGUGUUAAACCAGAGUCAUAAAAUAAUCUUUUUUAAGCUUCCACAAUUAUUUCCAGAAACUAAUAAAGGCGGCAAUUUACUGAUAGCACUGAGUCUGUGGAAUUGUAGCAUAUCCUGAAACAACCUGUGGGUGGUAGCGAGAUCUUUUUCAGCAAUCACAGCAAAGUUUAUUUAAUUUUUGAUGCUUUUAAGAUAAUUUUCCAAAAUAUCACAGAUGUCAAACAGAACUUUCCAUCUGAACCAAAAAUGUAAAAGUCUGAUGACCUAUUUCAAAUAGCUGUAAGUACAAUCUCAGCUGACAUAUGAUAUCGCAGUAGGUAUCGAGUCAAUCAUAGAGGAAACUCUAACCAUCCCAUUGGAUUUCAUGAAUAUUCAUGAUACUGAUUCAUUGUGACCACGGGAAAAAAGUGCCAGAGUAUAUGUCUGAGUUACAGGUUCUGUGUUGCCUAAGAGGGAACCAUCAGAAAAGUUUUGCCUGCUAUACUUUAAAAAGGAGAACUUUUUAUAAUAAAGAAAGCAGCAAACAGGGAUAGUACCAUACAAUAAAUAUAAAAACGAAACAUUGUAUUUAAGAAAUAUAAUGGAAAUGGAGGAGGAAAGUGAGUCUUCUUUGUAAAAUAUAGACAUACUCUAGCACUCCCUAAUAAUACAGCUGGAAAUUUUACAUUAGCAAUUACAAAAAUAAUAGAGAAAAAUGCAGUUUUAAGCUCUUUGCACUAGUGAAGAGUAUGUGAUAUAUCAAUGUAUAUAUUUAACCAGUGGUCAUUAGACAUUACUAAAGCAUAUCUGAUGCUCAUGCAUUGCCUUAUAGUCUAAAGUUGUCAGAAGUAGGUGUUCAGUAACUGCAAUUUGAAACAUAUAAUGUUAGAAUCCCCUGAGAAAAGCCAUUUCCCUAGGAUAGAAGUUUACCUCAAUAAUCGUGUAACACUAAACACAACAUAGUAGCAAAAAAGUUGCCUUAGUGUUCUAGUCUCAUCAAAUUGUAACUCUUGUCCUUGAUGUACAUUCAGAUGGUUCUCCAUUUUUUUUUCCAUUGGUGUAAUUUGAAAUGAUUCUGAACUGUCUGGUCAGAUUAGUAAUAUCCAAUUACAAAUAUUUCUUUCAAUAUUUUAUACAUAUGUCUACUUUGAAAUUCAAAUCAAUAGUAUAGAAAGCCUAAGAAUGAACACAGAUUGGACAGUUUCACAGAAAUUGAGAAAAAACACAUGAGAUAUUUAAAAUUCAUAUUAAUUCUCUGGUAUAAUACAGAAGUUACAACCUUUGAUUUUUAAACAGAAUUGUGAGUUUCCAGUUGGAGGUUACAUCAUCAUUUUUUAGAACAAUGCUAAUUCUUUAUACUCAGUAAGGAUAUAAGAUUGUGGGGAGCAUAGUGCUGUAAUAAAAUUUCACAGGCAUUCAUAACAAAUGCUUCUUAAUGAAAAUGAGGGCAUACCAAAUAAUUCAUGGCCAUUGCAUAAGUAUGAAAUAUUAUGUAAGGAAGACGUUUUUAUGUGGAGAUUUCUGAGGAGUCUACACCUUUUCAAUGUAAAGAGAAAUAUGUCUUAGAAGUUAUCCUACACUAACAUCAGACUGGGUAUGAUGUUCAAAUUUGCACUAAAUGUGUCCUUACAUUUAAGAGCACAUUGAACAGUGUAGGGAAAUGCGUCAUAAACUGAUUCACAUAGCCUUGCCAAGUGCUCUGCUAUAGAGCUGGAUUUAUAUGCCCUUAAGAAGGGAGAAAAGUCAAUUAAAUAUAAAUAUGAACAUAUGAUAAUUGUAUAAUUGUAGGCCACUUAGUUUCAGAGCAAGAUGUCUUCAACCCUUAUUUCAAAUAGAGAAAUCUGAAGGAGAGAAUGGUAAAGAAUAAAAUGAUAAACUUUUUGACUUACAAAAGUGUUUCUUGAGUAUUUUCUCCAUUUGUUUUUAUCUGUAAGAAACUAUCAGUCACAAUACAGCUAUCUCUGUCAUACUUGGUCUGUAGCUAGAUUCGUUCCUAGGCAGAAUGCGUUUUGACACAGGCCUUUUUUAUAUAUGCCUCAUAUAUGAUGAAGCUUUGGUGAGAUAUGACUGCAUGGUAGGAUGCAUUGUCCUAGGAUAGGGUAUGGUGCUGCUUGUACUGUCCACCUUUUCUAUGAAUGUAUGUUGCUACGUUGGCCUGUCUUGCCAUUUGAAUGAACAAAGCCUGGUUUGAGCUGUCUAUUUGAAAAGCACCAGGAUGCAUGUUUCAUUUACUGUUACAUGAUGCCAAUUUGAACCUGUUCCCUCUCUAUAUAGUGACAUCCCAAUUGUUAAUAUAAAAUAUGCUUUGCUUGAAUGAAUGAUUUUGGUAGUAAUAUGAGGGUUUAUCCUUAAAUCAAAGUCAUUAUUUUAAUAUCACCGAAAUAACAUCACAGAGGCCACAUCAUGGAUGUCAUCUCUCAGCUUUUUGUAUGUAUCAUUGCCUGAGAAAAAUUGGGUUUUUAGUUCUUUUUGUCAUUUACUUCUGUGUAUCUGACAUGAAAUCCAUUAUUCCUUUAGAUAUCCAUAAAUACAAAAUUUCAUAGUCUUAGUUCCUUUGCUUUCAAGCAAAUGUGAUUUCCAAACAAGGGUGAGUGUGUUCCUGGUUUUACUGCUCCUCCAAUUCUGAGAUCAUUAUUUGUUUGCUUUCUGUUUGUCAUCCAAAAAUACAGAUGGUUGGGAGGGAUCUGUCAUACUGUACUGUCUUAUGCAGUCUCUGCCUAUAUUUGCUUUCCUUUCAAUUUCCACCUUGUCCUUUUUACAGAUUUUAUUUCUCCCUUCCCUUUAUGAAAACCAGAGUUGAGCAGCAUUGUCUAUCAGAAGUGGUGUCCAGGAAAUAUGUCUUUGUUCCUCAGUAUUUUCCUUUAUUUGUUUCAUGCAAAGUCUUAGUCCUUGAAAAUUUCACACAUAUCCACAUAUCUUUCACUGGCUUCUAAUUUUUAAUAGAGCUAUCCCCCUGAGAAAAGUGAAAUGCUGAGUAUGAUGGCUGUUGUCUGUUGAUAAGACAGCUAAGGAAAUUUGUUUUUGGAGACUGUAUCUUAAGUAAGUAUACGGGAAAGUAAAUACCAUAAUACAGUGUUCUGUUUAAGGUACAUCAUGGAUAUGUAAAUGCCUCAAACCUUGAUUCUUUGCUCUAUCUCCCUUCAUGUGUAAAUUGCAUAAAUAUUAAAAAGAGGGAUAGAAUAAAAGAAUUGGGGGUAUUAUAGUGGCAGCUUUUUGCUGCAUGGUUUUGAUUGCAUUGCAUCAGCAUUUCUAUCAUGGACCUCUAUUUUCAGGGGUUUUAGAGACUUGGCCAUAAAAAUUUGCUUCAGGCUUAAAAGUCUUGAAAGAAUUUUUUUUUAAGUAUCUAAUUUUAAAUAUCUUGUUUUUAUAUUAUAGGAGGGGGAUAAAUGGAAUUUACUAGUUCAAUUUUGCGCUAAUAUAACUUUUAAUAAACUUAAUUUUUUAACAAAAGCAUAAAACCUAAUUAGUUCAUAGUCUGUUGGUGGUUUUUUAAAAGAAUCAAUUAUUAACAUUGAGAAAUUUGCCUGCUUCAUCAGUGUAUUAACCUAUCUUCAAGAUGUUUUAAACCUUGUGUACCUGUAUUAACAUUAUCUUGAUUCCAGUAGAGGAUCGAUAUGAUAAUGAAUGCAGAUUUAUGACAUCAUAUAAGCUAUCUAGUAAUAUAGAUUUGGAAAUAUAUAGUAUAUAUGAAAUAUAUAUAUAUAUAUUUACUAGAUAGAUUAAGGGGAAUAAACUCCCAUAAACUUAGUUUGUCAAAUAAAUACCAUAUAUUUAAAAAAUUGCACAGACAUUUAUCUUUCAGAGUCAUAAUGAGAUGGAAACAAUUGCAAAGGAAAGUUGUCUUUUGGGUUAACAAUACACAUUUUAUAGCUUCUUGUGAAAAUCAUUUUUCCUUUCUAUAUUGUGGUUAUGGGAAAUGGAAAAAAAAAUUAAAAGUAAUGCAGACUUUAUUUAAAUGACAUUAAACUGUGAAGCAGAGAGAAAUGUCAGGAAAUUAAGUAUUUAGGCUAUUAUCUUGUGGCUGUCUGACAAUACUUUUUUUAAAUCCCCUAUGAUAUUUUUAGCUGUGGAAAGAGUAUUAAAAUCUAAGUUCAUGUUUCUGGAUUGCUCACAUACACUCAACACCAUUUCAUUAUCUUUGGAUAAUAUGUAGUCUUCUGUGUGCAAGGAAAGAAAUAAAUAACACAUUUAUUUGUUGAAUGAGUUUUCAGGUUUCCAAGUGGUUACUGGUGUUUUGCCCACACAGGAUUCUAUACACCAUCGUAAAUCUGGCAUAUAUAUUUUUUUCACAUAGCUUCUAUUGACAAACACAAAGCUUGUUUGUGUGCAACUAUAAGGCUAAAUAAAUGGUGCUAAAGUGUAUUAUGACUGUCAGAUAUAAUCAGGCAAAAUUUUGUGGUGCUUAAAUUAAUUUUUUCAUUGAUUUUAUUGAUCAGUGCAUUGAACAGUGUUUAUUAUUCACAAGUUGUCUUUUAUCAGUAAAUCAAGGCCUCAUAGCACAUUGUUAAAUAAAAUGGUUGACUAGUCUAUGUAACAGCUCACCUAGCUACUAUCUCUUUUAACUCCUUCUACUGUUGCGUCACUAAAGGCCAAGGGGUCAUGCUAUUAAUCCCAUUGCUUUAGACCAUUAACAUGACUGAACUUUUCCAUCAAGUACUUAUGUUUACAAUGCUAUAACCCUUUGACUGCUGCGGCAACCUUUAACCACACAAGUGUCAAAAGCUAGAAUCAUCAACAUGGUUCUUGCCAUGGCAAUCAAAGAGUUAAGGGCUGUGCAGUGAUUUGUUUUGUAUUUAUUAAUUUAUAUUUAUUUUGUUUCCAUUCAAGGAGGGGAUUUUGGGUGGGGCAGUUUUUGUCUGCUGUAAGUGUCUUAACCUAGGGAAGGGUUAAAUGGCUUUUUAUACUAUUGCAUCUUCUGUAUUUACCAUCAAUUCAUUGUGUUGUAAUUAACAAAAAAUACUGUCAAUAAAUAAGAGAACAGAAAAAUGGUUCUUAGA